AUGGAGCCGGGAAAGAUGGCGUCCCCCAAGACCACGCCGAAAGAUGCCCAAGUGAUGGCCCAAAUUCUGAAGGAUAUGGGGAUCACAGAGUACGAGCCAAGGGUCAUCAAUCAGAUGCUGGAGUUCGCCUUCCGCUACGUCACCACGAUUUUGGACGACGCCAAGAUUUACUCGAGCCACGCCAAGAAACCGACGGUGGAUGCGGACGACGUGCGGCUGGCCAUCCAAUGCAGGGCCGACCAGUCGUUCACUGCACCGCCGCCCAGAGACUUCCUCUUAGAUAUCGCGCGGCAGAAAAACCAAACGCCGCUGCCACUGAUCAAGCCGUACUCGGGGCCCCGGCUACCGCCGGACCGUUACUGCCUAACGGCCCCCAACUACCGGCUGAAGUCCCUGCCCAAAAAGGUGCCCGGCCAGGCCGGGAGGAUCACGGUGCCCCGGCUCAGCGUAGGCGCCGUUAGUAGCAGGCCAGGCACCCCGACCCUGGGCACGCCUUCGUCCGCCCCCGCAGUGGCCGUGGCCGCCGACGUCGGCACCCCGCUGUCGUUGGCCGGCCAGAGGUUCACGGUGCAGAUCCCGGCCUCGCAGAGCCCUGCGGUCAAGGCCUCGAUGCCCGCGGCGCCGGCCGUUCAGAACGUCCUGAUCAACCCCUCCCUGAUCGGGUCCAAGAACAUCCUCAUCACUACGAACAUGGUGUCGUCGUCGUCCUCGUCCUCAUCAUCAUCCUCGUCGUCCUCGUCGUCGUCGCAGAGCACCCCAGCCGAAUCCUCGAAUUCCUUGAAAAGGAAACACGAAGAGGACGAUGACUAUGACAAUUUGUAAAGGACAGGAGCCAGGCCCGGUGUUUGUCAAAGGCUAAACAUCUCCAGUUCAUUCAACUAUCCUUAUAUGACAUGGACUCAAGAUCCUUCACCAUCAUGCUCUUUGACAAUGUCCUGCUUAUCAGUGUCCUUCCUAAACUGUGGUGAAACCCAGCUUCCAGCAGAAUUCUUGAUAUUGCUCAUGCUUCCUGAAAGUGUUGUUUCCUUUGAAAAAAGUACCCACCUUUUUUUGCCUCCUUUUCUACCCCAUACAUUUUUCAUUUGAAAAAACAAAUAUCCCUCUUCUCAGAACUGGAUCGCUGUCUCUGGCUAUGGCCAAAGUCAUGAAUAUCAUCCAAAUGAACUUCUUCAAAUACUUCUUUUCCAAGGCACCACAUCAUGUUCUGGGUGGGUGCGGUUAAAUUAAUGUGAAAACUAAGCAAAAACCACAGCAGCCCAGUUUUUGAAAGGGAUGUUCUAUGAUGGUAUGGAAGUGACCCUUGGUUUUUUAAGGCAAUGAAUAAACAUGCAUUUUGGUAGGUAUUUCCUACUUGGGAAGGCUUUCAAGUAUGUCCUCAGAAAUAAACUUUACCUGCUGUCUGAGGACCAGCCCAGCUAAGUACAAAAGAGGAUCAUUAUAAAAAUAUAAAAUGACUCUCUGGUCUGUGCAGCAGACAUGGUGAUGAUGGGAAAGGGACACUUUUAAGAAUCAGUUCUUGGGGCAGCUAGAUGGCGCAGUGGAUAGAGCACCGGCCCUGGAGUCAGGGGUACCUGAGUUCAAAUCCGACCUCAGACACUUAAUACUUACUAGCUGUGUGACCCUGGGCAAGUCACUUAACCCCAACUGCCUCACUAAAAAAAAAAAAAAAAAGAAUCAGUUCUUAGACUUGUCUAGACAAUUUAACUGUUGUUUUAAGUCUGCAAGCUUUAUUUCCCAUUGAUAAUACUGGAGGAACUGAAAUAUCCAUGGGCACAUUGUUGUUACAAAUAAAAGCCAAAAGACAUGAAGUUGUUGGUUAAAUAGAAGGCUGGUUCCCAGCUUCCCGGAGUGGGGUUUGUUUCAUCAUGUACCCAAAGGCAACAAAGAAAGUCAUUUUGUGGGAUGUGACCUUAGAACUCUGUGUCUCUGUCAUCUCCAACAAGGGAGAGGGAAAGUGACUGUAGGUUCAGAACCUGAAUUUUAGGCAUAAUAAGGGAGAAGUGGAUUGUUCAAAGCAAAAGCUGUAUAAACUGCACCUAUCUUGUGAUGAAAUAAUUCACCUUUUGGGAAUGUGCCCAAAGGAGAUGACUAAAAAAAGUUAUUUAUAAAAAUCAUAGCACUUUUUACAAAAUUUGAAACAGCCCCAAUGGCCAACAAUAGGGGAUUGGCUCAGUAGUCUAUGAAUACUAACAUACCAGUAGUUUGCAUUUAGAUAGCACUUUAUAGGCACUUUCUUCACAGCCUAGUGACACAGGAAUUGGACUGUUAGCGCAUUUUGCAGAUGACCAAACAGGCUUAUGGACAUUGAGUGAAUUGCAUAUGGUCAUACUGCUAGUAAAUGUCAGAUUUGGGACUUCAAGAGCUUUUGGUUUUAGAUCCAGUGUUCAAUCUCCACUAUAUGAUGACUAUGAAAUAUGUAUAGUAUAUUGAAACAUGCAAAUGUAUAUGUGAAAUCACGUUAAGUUAAAAAAAAUACACAAUACAACUUCAAAAAUGAACAUAGAUUUACAAAGGUGGGAAGGAGAUACGGAGGGAUGAAGAUGGCAUGUUCAUUCUCUUCUGUAAUGUUGCUUAAGUUCCUAAUAAAAAAAAAUUACAAAAGCUUUAGUAAAAUA